GCACCAUCGCGCUUCUCGCCUCGCCUCGCCCCCUUUCUACUCCCCGCACGGCAGCACCCACACAAAUUUCGCCACCAGCUAGCCAUGGCGCUGUUGGACGGAGGGGAGGUGGACCACCUCGCCGGGGAGAGGGCCACGGCGCUGUUCGACGUCGACGCCAUGAAGGUCGCCUGGGCCGGCUCGCGCCACGCCGUCGAGGUCAACGACCGCAUGGCCAGACUCGUCGCAUCAGACCCUGUGUUCCGCAAGGACACAAGGACGAUGCUCUCCAGGAAGGAGCUGUUCAAGGACACGCUCAAGAAGGCGGCACACGCGUGGAAGCGCAUCGUGGAGUUACGCCUUACAGAAGAGGAAGCAAAUUUGCUGAGGCUGUACGUUGACCAGCCUGGUUACGUUGAUCUCCACUGGGGCAUGUUUGUUCCUGCUAUAAAAGGGCAAGGAACUGAAGAGCAACAGCAGAAGUGGUUACCAAUGGCGUACAAGUUCCAAAUUAUUGGAUGCUAUGCUCAGACUGAACUUGGCCAUGGUUCAAAUGUCCAGGGUCUUGAGACAACUGCCACAUUUGAUCCAAAUACCGAUGAGUUUAUUAUGCACAGCCCCACUCUGACCUCUAGCAAGUGGUGGCCUGGUGGCCUGGGAAAAGCUUCCACUCAUGCAGUUGUGUAUGCUCGUCUGAUAACGGAAGGAAAAGACUAUGGCAUACAUGGUUUCAUUGUGCAGUUGCGUAGCUUAGAUGACCACUCUCCGCUUCCGGGCAUUACUCUUGGUGAUAUUGGUGGGAAAUUUGGCAGUGGUGCAUAUAACAGCAUGGAUAAUGGUGUUCUGCGCUUUGACCAUGUGCGCAUCCCAAGGGAUCAAAUGUUGAUGAGGCUUUCUCAAGUUACAAGGGAGGGAAAAUAUGUACACUCAGAUGUACCAAAGCAGCUUCUUUAUGGUACAAUGGUUUAUGUUCGUCAAACAAUUGUUGCAGAUGCUUCUAAGGCUUUGUCCCGUGCUGUUUGCAUUGCUGUAAGGUAUAGUGCUAUCCGAAAGCAGUUCGGUUCCCAAGCUGGUGGCCCUGAGACUCAGGUCCUCAAUUACAAGACUCAACAAAGUAGGCUCUUUCCUUUGCUGGCUUCAGCUUAUGCAUAUAGGUUUGUGGGUGAAUGGCUCAAGUGGCUAUACACGGAUGUCACACAGAAGCUGGAAGCUAAGGAUUUCUCAACACUGCCUGAGGCUCAUGCGUGUACUGCUGGGUUGAAGUCCGUGACAACAUCGGCAACAGCUGAUGCAAUUGAAGAAUGCCGAAAAUUGUGUGGUGGGCAUGGUUACCUGAACAGCAGUGGGCUUCCUGAACUGUUCGCGGUCUAUGUUCCUGCUUGCACUUAUGAAGGAGACAAUGUUGUUUUGCUUUUGCAGGUUGCAAGGUUCUUAAUGAAGACUGUUUCUCAGUUGGCCUCUGGGAAGCAACCUGUUGGUACAACAGCAUACAUGGGCAACAUACAGUACUUGGUGCAAUGCAAGAGUGCUGUAAAUACAGCUGAAGACUGGCUUAAUCCUGCUGCCAUAAAGGAGGUGUUUGAAGCUAGGGCGCUGAGGAUGGCGGUAAAUUGUGCCCAGAACAUAAGCAAGGCCCCAAGCCAAGAAGAAGGUUUUUCUGAGCUCUCCCCUGAUUUACUUGAGUCUGCUGUGGCCCACGUCCAGUUGAUUAUUGUGACCAAGUUCAUCGAGAAGCUGCAGCAGGACAUCAUUGGCCAUGGAGUGAAGGAUCAGCUCCAGAACCUCUGCAACAUCUACGCGCUCCAUCUUCUCCACAAGCACUUGGGCGACUUCCUGUCGACGGGGUGCAUCACGCCCAAGCAGGGAGCGCUGGCAAACGAGCAGCUCGGAAAGCUCUACGCCCAGGUGCGGCCUAACGCGGUGGCGCUGGUUGACGCAUUUGAUUACACAGACCACUACCUGGCUUCCGUACUGGGGCGGUAUGAUGGGAACGUGUACCCGGCGCUGUACGAGGAGGCGUGGAAGGACCCUUUGAACGAGACGGUGGUGCCGGACGGUUACCAGGAGCACCUCCGGCCGCUGCUCAAGCAGCAGCUCAAGCUUUCCAGGCUAUGAAUGAUCCUGAAUCUGUCCACGGACGUGUUCGGAGUCUAUAGCAAUAAUAAUCAAGGAGAGGUGAUUGUUUGUCACUUGUGAAAAAUAGCAAGAGGGACAGUGACGUUAGAAUAAAGAUUGUACCAGUAAACUAGCACGUGAGAGACAGCUGUAGCCUGUAGUAGCAAAGUUGGUUACUAUGGAUGUGAUGAUUCUAUUAUCUCUACUACUAUAGUACACAAUUUUUUGAACAUUUGAA